ACUAGAUAGCGUUACAAUCGUCGCAAUUUUCAACUCAAAUACGCAUUUUUAUAAACUAUUUUAAAUAUAGUAGAAAAAUGAAUAUUAUUACUAAAUCAAUAACUUUUUUAGUUAGACCUAUGACAGUAAGAAGAUGCAUAUCCACCAGCUGUAUAAAUUAUAAAGAUUUUGGAGAUAUAUUUCAUUUGGAAGGUCACGAAUCGAAUAUUCCUCCUUAUGUAGAACGAAAAGGAGAAAAUAUUGAUCUUAAAAAAGCACGACUGAUUUACCAGUCACGCAAACGUGGUAUGCUAGAAAACGGUCUUUUACUCAGUACUUUUGCUAAAAAAUACCUGGAUAAUUUUAACGAUUCGCAAUUAAAAUUGUAUGAUCGUCUUAUAAAUUUACCAUCUAAUGAUUGGGAUAUAUUUUAUUGGGCUACAGGUGCUAAGCCUACACCACCUGAAUUCGAUAAUGAAAUUAUGGAUUUGUUAAAAAAACAUAUUAAGAACGAAGAUAAACAAGCUAGAAUAAUGCAGCCAGAUUUGUAUUAAUUUGCUGUCGUUUAUAUGUAGACUAUUUAUAAUCUUAAAACUUUUAAUAUUUAAUUUAGGUUGAUAUAAUAUUUUUUUUCUUUCCCGAAUAAAAUAGAAUGUAAAUAUGAAGAAUAAAUAUGCUUAAAUAAAA